CGACACAAAUGACAGCGAUAUGUCAUCUGUCUCUCUAUAGCCAAAUGCAAAACAUUUGCUCUUGAACUUAUAACGGUUCUCAACUAUGGCGCAACGUUUGACCAUGUCAUUAAUCUUUUGAUUUCUCUUUUCGUGACGAAUAGUCCUACAGUAGUUCACACACUAUUUGUUGCAGCUACCGUUGACUGUCAACAGCUGUGUGUAGGUAAGUUGUUGUUUGCUCACAUUUCAUUUCGAAUGGCAUGAAUUGAAACGACAUCUUCUUGCCUUUAUCUCGAUCAUAGGAAAUGCUUUGGUUACUACCUUUUUUCUGGCGCUUCUUGAUGCAUGCAUUCUUGAAUUAUUGCAGUCAUUUGGGCGUCGGCUAUGAUCUUAUGUCUUCUCUCGUGCCCUUAAUUUCGUGCGUUUCUUCCUUUCUCAUUGAUGAAUCUUCCCGCAAAAAUCGUAAAUCUCAAUAGUACUGAUGUCGUCGUGAGCAGUAGAUGACAAUAUGCGAAAAUAUACGAGUGAUGUCAAAGCGAACGGCAUCGAUUCAUCUGAACUGGAUCCUUGCUUAGCUGCUCGUAGCCGUCAGAAGAAGACUUUCUUAGCAAAAUGGAAGAAAUGGAUCAUAAUUGCUGCAGUUUUGUUCGUGGUGCUAUUGUUAAUUACACUUGGCUUCCUGCUGUUCUUUUUGCUUUCUCCAAGCGAAGCCAAACCAACAAUGGAUUAUGUUCACCAGGAGCUCAAAAGUCCUCAGAUUGAUUAUGACGCUGAGGACGUGGAAACAGCGGGGGCAGGUUCUCGCUCGUUGCCCUACAGUCAUCUCAAAAGUAGUCAUGAAAUGUAUGUCGAACACGAACUUACGGAUGAUUCGCCACCAAGGACCAGUGAGGAACUUCUGGUUGAGCGCAACCCUGUAAUGAUAGCAGUGACCACUACUACAACAUCUACCACGAGUGAAGUGCAAACUGCUGUAACGGAUCUCAGUACACAAUCUCAAAGUCCUCUAACAUCUACAACCAUAAAGUCUACCACAUCUACGACCACAUCAACCACCACUACAACAUCAACAACGGAGCCUUCAUCUGUCGCACAAGAAGAAGAGCCAAAACCUUCCGUUCAUGAGGAACCAUCUGAUCCGAAAAAGUUGACGGCCUUGAUGUCGAACGAGGUGAAAAAGGAUUGUUCUGUACACAUUGAAGCUGGAGGAGAGUCAGGUCUUUACAUGGUUUCACCCGAUGGCGCUGACGCGUUCACCGUUUAUUGCGAUCAGAGAACGGCUGGAGGAGGGUGGACUGUCAUUCAAAGGCGGCUUGAUAGCUCCGUCUACUUCUACAAUAGAACCUGGCAGGAGUAUGAAGAUGGUUUUGGAAACGUUGACGGAUCUCAUUGGCUCGGUUUACAAAAAAUCUACCGUCUGUCACCAAGGCAGGGAGAGUAUUGGGUUUUGCGCAUCGAGCUGCGUGGUGAUUAUUGUUCUGGCAAAAGCUGUCUCAAUCAGGAAAAUGGCUACUGGUGGGCUGAAUGGCCUUUCAGGUUGGGUGAACCUUCAUCAGGAUAUGUGCUAGAUCUGGGUCGAGCGAAAGCUGGUAAUCUCACCGAUACUGACCGUCUUUUUGAGAAGUUCAAUAGCGGACGUGCUUUCACUGCAAUCGAUAGAGACAAUGAUGGUGUUAGCGGCUUAAACUGUGCACAAUUUCGAAAUUACGGGGGCUGGUGGCACGGUGACUGCGGCUAUGUUGCGCUAAAUGGGCUGUACGGCGAUAAAGUGCCAACCCUUCGUUACAUGGUGUACACUUACAGCAACGCCCGGCAUAGAAAAUUCUACAUUCAUCCAAAGAAAUCUCUCAUGAUGAUAAGACCCGAUUCUGUGCAUUAAUAUUCUUCUAGUUAUGUGACCCCAGUGUACGAGUUGUUCCCAUGGAAAUGGUUUUGCUUCUUUUUUUUUCUAAUUAGUUUCGUCAUUGUAACGUCUUUCGCUGAAACGAGUAUUUCAAUAUCAUACAUAGUAUGGCUAGAGUUUAUAAAUACUUAGUGGACAAGAUGUCCACUGAAGCAUGUUUCCAUCAUAAUUGGAUCUGUACGAUGCAAACCCAUUUUAGAAAGAUUGCAUCUAUUGUUUGAUGUUGUUUUUUUUCUUUUGUGUUAACUUAUGUGCUUUGCUUGCUUAUUUGUGAAGUGGCAUGCUACAGCAAUUCUUAAAGAGAUUGAAUACUUGAUAUCAUGAAUUUUGAUGACAC